AUGGCAACAGAUGAAAAUGCUGACAUGUCAGAUGUGGAGACCCAGAUGAGUCAAUCGCGUGAAACAUGGACGCAGGAGAUUACAAGAAAACAAUCCGAAGUAGAUGUUUUGCAGAAAGAACUUACAGAGGUAAAGGCCUUCAAUGAGGGUUCAGAUGGAGAUGUAAAAAAGGAAUUGGAGGUUCUUUGGCAAAGAGUCAAGACUGCUUCUACAUUGCUGACUUACUUAAAAUCAAAAGCUAGGCUCAUGGCUGUUCCUCAUCUAGCUCAUACAGCUUGUGGCAUCAAACAAUUAGAGGGGGUAGGCUUUGUUGACAAAAAUGGGAUACCAUUAUCCGGUUGGUCCAGCAAUGUUGACCUUUCUUCAUUUGAUGACACAGAUGAAGAAUCGUGGAUCGGUAUUAGCCAUCAGCAUGGUUCCUUAGACGAGCAAGAUGCGGCUUAUAUAGGUGAGAUUCUCAAGUCUGUACAGAUGAUCGCAGAUGUGAUGGAAGCCCUUGUCAAAAGAGUUUUAUUGGCUGAGUCAGAAACUUCAGUAGAAAAGGGAAAAGUAGGUGUAAGUCAGGAAGAAAUUAAGCGGAAGUCUUCCCAGUUAGAGAACGUGUCUAUGAAAUUAGAGGAGAUGGAACGUUUUGCUUUGAACACGAACAGUAUUCUAAAUGAAAUGCGGCAGAGAGUUGAGGACUUAGUCGAAGAAACAACCAGACAGAGAGAACGAGCUGCUGAAAAUGAAGAGGAGCUUUCUAGAGUGAAGCGGGAAUUUGAGUCUCUGAAAUCAUAUGUUAGUGGUCUAAUCACAGUAAGAGAAACCUUGCUUUCUUCAGAGAAACAAUUUCGAACUAUUGAGCGGCUGUUUGAAAAGCUAGUUGCAAAGACUACUCAGUUAGAGGGUGAGAAGAUGCAGAAAGAGGCUGAAGUUCAGAAACUUAUGGAAGAGAAUGUCAGGUUAAGUGCACUGCUUGACAAGAAAGAGGCUCAACUUCUUGCAUUGAAUGAACAAUGUAAGGUAAUGGCCUUGAGUGCUUCAAACAUGUAA